ACAGAUACAAUUUUACCAUUUAUUCCUUUCAAGCUUUUAGUGGUCAACAGGAUUAUAGAAGCUAUCGAUGAGGAACCAAAGAUUAGGGUUGGAUUUUGGGCUUGACAAACAUUUCAGAAACAAUGAGAGUGAUAGGUGAGGCUGCGGCGGGUUUUUCCGAAGAGGGUAGCGAUUCCGGCGAACAUCUGCCGGUCUACGGUUCUGUCGAGUUUACAUAGAGCUACGAUUUUGGUGUGUAUUCCGGCAAUACAAGCAAUGGUUGUCAGAUUCUACCACCCACACCACGCUAAUUUCUUUCUCCCUCUUCGUUCCUGAUGACCUCCACAAAAUUUUCUUUACCCUUCCUCUAUCAGCCUCCUUCCUCCGCUGCAUCCAUCAUCGAUUUGUCAGCCCUAGUCGAUUGUCUUCUGUGGAUUUUAAAAGGGAUCCAUGGCCAAAGGUAUUUGAUGCGGCUAAAGAUAUUGUCAAGAAGGUGCUAAAUCCUGACCCAAAAUGAUACAUGGAUACAAAACGCCAUAAAGACUACAAAUGUUAAUUUAGGUGAAACUGUUAAAGCAAGACUCAAGCAAUUCUCUGUAAUGAACAAACUAAAGAACAGAGCUUUAAGGGAUCUCACCUGGGAUUCCAAUAUCAAAACUGAUGAGGGAGGGGUAGGUUGUUUUAAUCUGUUUAUCUUUAUUUGGAAUUUUAUCCGAUUACUUGGAACAAGGACCAUAAACAUAAUCAUGGUUAAUCUUAGUCAUAACUUUAUAAAAGCAAGCUUUGAAAGCGAGUUGCAUUAUGCACCUCAACUGCUCGAGGAAAUGCUUGAACCAGGGAUCAUUGAUCGGCAUAACGAUUAUCAAAUUCGGUUCGAUUUUAAUAAUUUAAAGACCGUCAGCAAGAGCAGCUGAAGUCUCUACCGGUGGAUUUCUGGGAAUUAUGAACGUGUCUCAAUUCAUGUGGAUAAAAACUAUGAGGAGCUAACCGAGCUUAGGAUUGGAGUUUGUUGAUGGGGCCAUACAUGUAUUGGAACAAUUUUGAAUAGUACAGCUUUCGUAGACGUUAUUUUUUGGACCAACCUUUUGACCGAUACUAUUAAGAAGAUGGUGUAGUAUAAGAGUGAUAAAGAAAGAUUAUCGUUUGGGUUUUUCAUGGGAAAGACAGGGAAAUAUAGAAAUUUUACCUCUGUAACCUUGAUUCAGAGUAUUCCAGUGAAUACUUCUCCAAAAUUUCCUCGGAAAAAAUCGAGUUAUGCAAUGAACAUUUGUCAAAGAUCACAUCACCACCAACAACUGAAUUAUCAGAUUCAUGCUUUACCUUUAUAUGAGAUUGCUGACAACGAACACAUAUCAUCAAGUGAAAAGUUAUAUUGGGCCUUGGCUAAAGUAUUCCGCUCUAGAACCGAGCAGCCUGAUUCUUAUUUUUAUAGUCUCUGCCGGACUGCCGUUUGUGGUUGCCCAAAUGGACCUGUGUGGGCGGCUGUGUGUGUGCACUGUUCUUCGGUUUUCGCGUGAACUCAAUCCAAGUUUCCCGCCUCUGCGCUCAAAUUCACACGAAUGAUGAAUCCUUUGCCACAGACUCAUCAUAUCCACCCCAUCUACUAGAGUCCUACGCAUCAACUGGAUCUACACCGGAGACAACUCUAGAUCCAUUAAAGUUUACCCGGAAAACAUGUCCGGCCAAUCCGACCCUCGAGGUUCAACAUUUUCAGCCGUUGAGCGUGAACUGAGAUGAUAAACACUCUCUUCAACUUGAAUAUCUUCUGCAUAUCCAUCAGAAAACAAUAUCUUGAAAAGUGAGCAAAGAAGCUAUUGCUAGUCAUUGGGUUCAUAUCUACUACAAAACCUAUACGAUUACAGCCAUUGAUAAUACUACUCAAGAUUUGACUCACCAACCUCCUUUUCCAUUUAUUCAAAAUGAAACUGUGUUUGUAAAGGCUGGCUCGGCCUUCAUCGUGUUAGUUAUGGAGAAGAUAAUUAAGCUUUUCUGUUGCAUUCUAUGAUCAUGUCAUAUCUCUCUCCUUUAGUUCCUUUGGGUGAAGUUUUAUUAUCUUAUAAACGAGAAAUUUGCUCUUAAUUCCCUCUGUUCGGAAAAAAAAAAAAUCAUUCGAAUAAUCAUAGGUUACACUUAGACCAUCAUAUUAAUGUCUCGCUACAAUCAAUUCCUUCUAUUUGAAAAAAAAAACAUUAGCAGCCAGUCAGGCUUUGUAUCAACUUACCCAGUGGCGGAUCUACAUGGAACGAUGGGGGUACUACAACAUCCCCAACAAAUUGUUUUAUAUAAAAAAACAAAUUAUUUGUAAACAUUUUUCAUGUUAUUGUACCCCAGCAAAUGG